GAGGAGUUCCUGCUGCGACGGCUGCUGGUGGCUGAUCCUGGCACCCGCUGGUGCCCCGCACCUGACUGCAGCUACGCUGUCUUUGCCCACGGCUGUGCUGAGUGUCCCCGCCUCACCUGUGGGCGUGAGGGCUGUGGCACCGAGUUCUGCUACCACUGCCGGCAACCCUGGCACCCUGACGGCCCCUGUGCACCGCCGGCCCCCAGCCUGGCCACCCCCACAGCACAGCUGGCACAGCAGGAGGAGUUGGCCCAUGCUGAGGCUGAGGACAUCAAGGUCUGUCCUCGCUGCAGCGCCUUCAUCAUGAAGAUCAACGAUGGGAGCUGCAACCGCAUGAACUGCACGGUCUGUGGGUGCCUCUUCUGCUGGCUCUGUCUGCGGGAGAUCUCUGAUAUGCACUUUCUCAGCCCCUCUGGCUGCACCUUCUGGGGGAAGAGGCCGUGGUCACGGACCCGGAGGAUCAUGUGGCAGCUGGGCAUGGUGCUGGGAGCCCCCAUGGUCAUCUCUCUUGCUGCGGGUGUUGCUGUCCCUGUCAUUACCAUUGGGAUCCCCAUCUACAUGGGUAGGAAGGUGCUGGGCCAGAGCCGGCGAAGCAGUCACUCCGGGUGCCAGCAGUGCCUCUCUGUCACCAGCAGUGUCCUCCUCUCUCUCUUCGUGUCCCCUAUCAUAACAGCUCUCACUGUGGGUGUUGGCGUGCCCCUGGUGCUCACCUACGUGUAUGGGACCGUGGUGCUGUCGCUGUGCCGGAGCCGCUGGGGCUGCAGGGGCAGCCGCACGCCUGGAGACCUCGGCAUGGUGGAGCUGGACAACCUGACCAAACUGAAUGAGCUGUGGUCAGUGCUGCCCAGCCCCAGACCAGGUGAGGACGGAGCUCCAGACCCUGCUGCCUCCAUCCCCAGCAGCAGCCGCAGCCCGCACCCGGGGCCAGCAUGGCCGGAAGGGGACAGCCAGUCAGCCAGCACAGUGGCCCUUGCUGGGAGUAUGCUGAGUGAGGGCCAGGACACCUCUGACAGGGAAGGUGUUACCAUCGAGGUGGAGGUGUCGGUUGAAGCAGUGCCACGUUCUGCCCGGCAGCAGAGCCUCAGCAGUGCCCUGUCUGGGCAGAGCCUCUCUGGGGAUUCCCUGGGAGCCACCAGUGACAGGGGCAGCUCCGUGGGUGUCCCUGUGGAGUGAUGGGGACCUGAGGAGAGUCUGGAUCCACACACAGGCCCUGUGCCCUCCUGUGGCAGAGCCAGUCCCUUUCUGCCAGCAUGCCUAGCCCUGGGAGCUGGGUCCUGGGUGGGUGCCAGCUGCACCCAGCACUGCCACACCCUGCAGUAGCCCUGUCUGCCCCUUUCCCAGAGGCACCACUAGGAAAUAAAGCUGCUUUCUGAGGGUC